AUGGACGGUUACCUACAAUCGACAUUCGUAGCUAAUAGUUUACAGCAAAAUAUCAGCAGAAAUAAUGCCACUAACGCAGUAGCUCAGGUUACCAGAACCGUGCCUCACUUUCCUCCAUCAAACAAAGAUUUCAGUUGCACGGAAAUACAUACCCCAGAUGGCAUUUAUCCUUUGUUACACGAAACUUUUUAUGAGACAAUUGCACCACAGUAUAAUAUUGGCACAAGGGCAACAGUUGUUAAAGUAAAGGAUGAGAAUCAGCUGUACAAUGGAACAAUGACAACGGAAUCAUCUGAAGAUGAAGGCUUAAUUAUGGGUGGAUCGCUCUCCAUAACACCUAUCAAGUCGGCAGCUCUCCCUAUCCCCAAUGCGGCUUCGACAAUCAAAAUGUCGCGUACAGCAGUUCAACCAUCUUCUGACUCUAUUAGCACCAGUUUUAAUCGUACAAAUAAUCCUGGACUCCAAAUACUGACCUCUCCGCAGAAGCUGAUGAUACCGAACAAUUCGAAUGGAAACAGCGCAAGUCCUUACUCACCUUUCUCGCCGUCUUUCUCUGCAACA